ACUGGAGUUAGUGGUGUGCUGUACUUUACACCAUCUUCCUGCUCCCUCCGUCCAAUUCGGGUGUCUCGUGAGGACAAAAACUGCUUUGAUGUCCACCUCACCUGGUCCAACAGACGGGAGCCAAAGGAACUCCUUGGAGCUGGAUGCGGAACACUCGCAGAAAGCCCCUGGGGCUGAACAAGCGGGGGUCUCACCCCCCCAGGUGAAGCUGAAAGACAGGCAGAAGUUCUUUGAGGAGGCCUUUCAGCAGGACAUGGAGCAGUAUCUGACCACCGGCUACCUGCAGAUCACUGAGCGGAGAGAGCCAAUAGGCAGCAUGUCAUCCAUGGAGGUGAACGUGGACAUGCUGGAGCAGAUGGACCUGAUGGACAUGUCUGACCACGAGGCUCUGGACGUCUUCCUGCACUCCGGCGGAGAGGACAACAGUGCGGCCUCACCUGUCCCAGGUCCAGACGUCGAGUCUUUCACCACCGAGAUCAGCCUCCAGGUCCCCACCCAGGCUGAGCUGCGACACAAGCUGUCGUCCCUGUCGUCCACGUGCACGGAUUCAGCCAGCCAGGACACGGAGGCCGGAGACGAGGAUGAGGACGAGGAGGAGACUGAGCAGGAGGGAGGUGAAGGAGGAGGGAGGAGGAAAAAGCCCCCUGUGGUGGUGACCUUGGACGAAGAGGAGGUUCACCCUGAUGCUGUGCUGGUGGACAGAGAGGACCAGGAGGAGACGAGUAAAGACUGCAAGGAGAAAAGGCAGCAGGUCUGAGAACGAUUUGACUCGACAGCUGCCAAACUCAACGCACGGAGUGCACAGCCCCGUGCAAAAGUCCUGAAUCUUCUUCUUUACAAUUUACUUUCCAUGAGCCUGACUUUACUGUAAUCCUUUAACGUGGUCUCAGUCGAUUCUUUAGGCUUUCUGAAAAUCUGUCCGUUUUUUAAAUUUAUUUCUCAGCUUGGCUGCUCACAAGAUUACAAGGAAGUCUGGCUCUUUCUAAGCAAAGUGAUGUUGAAGAAUCUGGGGUGACUGAAAAGGUUUCGCGCAGCAUUAUAAAUAUUGGCUUUUGUUCCUAUGAACCUUGCAUAUAUUAAGAAAAUGAUCAGAGAAA